UUGCCGCCCCACCACUGCGGGAACCCCGCGCCCGCCACGCUGCCGCAGCCUUUGCCCUGGAUGCUGCCGCCGCCGCCGCCGUAGGACUGUCCCGGGAGCGGGCCCUGGACUACUACGGUCUCUACGACGACCGCGGGCGCCCCUACGGCUACCCAGCCGUGUGUGAGGAGGACCUGAUGCCUGAGGACGACCAGCGGGCCACUCGCAAUCUCUUCAUCGGGAACCUGGACCACAGCGUGUCAGAGGUGGAGCUGCGACGGGCUUUCGAGAAGUACGGCAUCAUUGAGGAGGUGGUCAUCAAGAGACCCGCCCGUGGUCAGGGUGGUGCGUACGCCUUCCUCAAGUUCCAGAACCUGGACAUGGCCCAUAGGGCUAAGGUGGCCAUGUCAGGCCGAGUGAUUGGCCGCAACCCCAUUAAGAUAGGCUAUGGCAAGGCUAACCCCACCACACGCCUCUGGGUGGGUGGCCUGGGACCUAACACCUCACUGGCAGCGCUAGCCCGGGAGUUUGACCGCUUUGGGAGCAUUCGGACCAUUGAUCACGUCAAAGGGGAUAGCUUUGCCUACAUCCAGUAUGAGAGCUUGGACGCCGCUCAGGCCGCUUGUGCUAAAAUGAGGGGCUUUCCCUUGGGUGGUCCCGACCGCAGGCUGCGUGUGGAUUUUGCCAAAGCAGAGGAGACUCGGUAUCCCCAGCAGUACCAGCCUUCACCCCUCCCUGUGCAUUAUGAGCUUCUCCCAGAUGGAUAUACUCGGCACCGAAACCUGGACGCUGAUCUGCGGGUGCGGGAUAGGACCCCCCCACACCUCCUGUACUCAGACCGAGACCGGACCUUUUUGGAAGGGGACUGGACCAGCCCCAGUAAAAGCUCUGACCGCCGAAACAGCCUCGAGGGCUACAGCCGCUCAGUGCGCAGCCGGAGUGGUGAGCGCUGGGGAGGAGAUGGGGACCGGGGCCUGCCCAAGCCCUGGGAGGAGAGGCGGAAGCGGAGGAGCCUUUCCAGUGAUCGCGGAAGGACAACCCACUCCCCUUAUGAGGAACGGAGCAGGACCAAGGGUGGUGGGCAGCAGGCGGACCGAGGCUCUGACCGCACCCCUGAGCGCAGCCGCAAGGAAAACCACUCCAGUGAAGGGACCAAGGAAUCCGGCAGCAACUCCCUCAGCAACAGCAGACACGGGGCUGAGGAGCGGAGCCACCACCACCACCAUGAGGCUCCAGACUCUUCCCACGGGAAGAAGACACGAGAGGGCGAGCGCAAUCAUCGGACCAUUGAGGCUGAGCCCAAGCCUCUCGAAGAGCCAAAACACGAGACCAAAAAGCUCAAGAAUCUUUCAGAGUAUGCCCAGACACUGCAGCUGGGUUGGAAUGGGCUUCUAGUGUUGAAAAACAGCUGCUUCCCGACAUCUAUGCACAUCUUAGAGGGGGACCAAGGGGUUAUCAGCGGUCUCCUCAAAGACCACACUUCUGGGAGUAAGCUGACCCAGCUGAAGAUUGCCCAGCGCCUUCGACUGGACCAGCCCAAGCUCGACGAGGUCACACGACGCAUCAAGCAGGGGAGCCCCAAUGGCUACGCAGUGCUCCUAGCCACCCAGGCUUCCCCCAGUGGGCCUGGCACUGAGGGGAUGCCCACGGUGGAACCAGGCCUACAGAGGCGGCUUCUCAGGAACCUGGUCUCCUACUUGAAACAGAAGCAGGCUGCAGGGGUGAUCAGCCUGCCAGUGGGUGGGUCCAAGGGCAGAGACAGCACAGGCAUGCUCUAUGCCUUCCCGCCCUGCGACUUUUCUCAGCAGUACCUCCAGUCAGCACUGAGGACAUUGGGCAAGUUAGAAGAAGAACACAUGGUGAUAGUUAUAGUAAGAGACACAGCCUAGCCCAAACCUGUCUUUUCCAGCUCCACGUUUGUGUCACAAAAGCAGUUAUUUUAAAAUCUGAAUCAUCCGGUGGGUUAUUUCAGUUCAUUUGGUAGGGGACCAAAGUCCUGUCCCCCACCAAAGCUAAGUUCUUAGGUUUUGGGGGGUUUUUUUUACAGUGAUGAGAAGGGACUCCUGUCAUGUUGGUUUCUAGUGUACGAGAUCCUGUCUGCUGUGUUCUGUAUUUUUUUAUUUUUUGACUAACUGUAUGGAAAGCUGUCAGUAAAGCCUUUGUCAGAGGAUGGAUUUUUAAUCCCGCUCAGCUCCUGGUUUAAUCACGUUUUUGUUUUUGUUUUUGUUUUUUGUUUUUUUGCUCAAAGAAUGGAAGGCUUUUCCCCGCUACAUGCACACAAAUGCCCUGUCAUCUUUCCACCACUGGCAUAGCUCACCGUCCUGCUGCACUAGUCGGUCUCAGCCCUUCAGAUCUUUGGGCUGUCAGGACUAUGUUCACAUUUUUUAAUCUUGGCUGAGAGCAGGUGGAUUUCAGUCUGCACUCGACCCUGCCUUGCCAACCAGAGGACCCCACGCACAGGAAGGGGUUGAGCCUAAGUCUGUAGCCAGCAGCUGUGGUGGUUACUAGUUUUUGUUUUCCUGCCCCAAACUGUGUGUGUCCAUCAAGCCUUUUUGAAGACAA